AUGACAAAUGGACCAACAUGGAAUGAGUAUUUAUCAGCAUUUAUGGGCACUGAUCUGUUCAAUCAUGCCUAUUCGGGAGCAACUGCAAAUAAUACAAUUUUGCCUCGAGCCGUGCCUGACGUUAGCGAGCAAAUCCAAGAGUUUCAUACGAGCUGCACGAGCUUUGAUGAUCAAGAGACAUUGUACAUUAUUUGGACAGGAGUCAACGACGUUCACGACAUUUAUGUAGCCACGUCCAAUAUUACGGAGCAGAAUAUUCUCUUGGACAACAUUAUAGAAUCAAUAGCCAACGAAAUGAAAAGGCUCCCCCAUGAACAUUUACUGGUGUUAGGGCUGGCACCUAUCCAGCAUCUUCCGCUUUUUACACAGCAUCUCGGAACAUCCGAUGCACUGUCAUCUUUGAUUGACACUUUCAACGAUAAACUACGAGCACUAGCACAAGGUGUAAUUCGAUUCAUCGACACGCGCAGACUCUUUGAGAAAUAUUUCACGCUGCAGGACACAGACGGAUUUGCAGAUAUAACCCAGGCCUGCAUUCGCGAUUUUAAGCAAUGUCUAAGCUCCAAAUUCAAUUAUAUAUGGUGGGACGAUUGGCAUCCAAGUACUGCGACACAUCAACUGUUAGCAGCCGAUCUCUAUGAUAUUUUGCAUAACACCAAUCUUACAUAG